GAAAACACUUAUUGUCAACUCAUUGGAUUGUUUCAUGAAUUUUGCUAAAGUAUAGCCUUAAGAUUCAAAUAGGUAAGCUUUUAAAAUAAUGGGUAACUUUUUAAAAUGUGAUAACUUUGAGUCCAGAUGUAGAGUGGUCGGUUACAGAUGGAAAGUUCACCGGGUUGAGGCAAACAGAUUACACCUUCAGCUAAGCUACAAACUCUCAUUCCUUUCUGCAACCUUGAUUUAACUUCAUUCUAGUUUGACUUUUAAUUUCACUUAUUUUACCUGAGCUUUUACCUGUUUUGUUUAAUUGUAGAUACUCCUGAAACAAAAAAGUGAUGCAGGAAAGAACUGAUUCCUCCAAAGGUUUUCUCUACAAGACACUUUUUAAAGUGAAAAAAGAAAACCCAGCUGAGCAGCUCCAACAGCCUGAUGUUUGCUUUAAAACGUGAACCAAAGGCAAAUCUGCUGUGAUGUAAAUCUCCAGCAUUAGCUCCAGGUCAGGGAAUGGUCAGCAGAUUCAUGUUUGGGGAAGGAAUUGUUUUCAGAGGGUUUUUAUCAAAUAGGUUCUGUAAAGUGUUGCAGUAGUUUGGCUUAAAUUGAUUAUUAUUAGGAAAAUAUUACAGAUUCCUUUCUGAGUCAGAGAAAAUAAGUUUUGAUUUGUAUUUAAAGCAAGAGCAAAUAAAGGUGCGGCUGGCGUCCUGCUGUUUGGAGCAGAAACACAGAGUCCUGGUUUAACACUGCAUACAGUGGAGCGCAGCUCUGUGAUGGCUGGACAAAGGUACAAAGCUUUCCUUUUGUUUUUUUUACUAUCUUGUCUUGGCAUUUAAGGUGUUCCAUACAGAGAAGCUGGUGUGCCAGGACAGACUUGCUCUGUGAACAGGAUGUCUGGAGCUGCAGCAGUAAAGUUUUCAGACCACAUUGAUGACAUUAAACCUGAGCCACCGACUCAACGGCUGAUGCAAAAUAAUUCAACAAACACCGCUGCUGAACUUCCUGGAACUACGAGCGUCGCCACAACGCAGGAGCCACAGACUCAACGGCAGAGGACAGUUUCAUCACGGGUCACCAAGAAGGCGCUAGAAACCCAGACUGCCCAACGGACAGCGGCUCCUUAUGUGUCUCCUGGACCGUACUUGGUGGAGUACCCCUAUGAGUACCACUUUACUAUCAAUGAGGAACUGAAAUGUAAGCAGGAGAAGCCGUUUGUGGUUCUGAUCGUACAAGUGGCGCCACGCAACCGAGCUCAUCGCGACAUCAUCCGUAACAGCUGGGGAAGCGAGAAGCUGGCUAACAACCAAGUGGUGGCGCUGUUCUUCCUGCUGGGGAUGCAGACUGGAGACGAUGCAGAGCAGGUCCACCGGCAGCUGCUGCAGGAGAGCAAAGAGCAUCAGGACCUGAUCCAGGGAGACUUUGUGGACUGCUACAAGAACCUGACCAUAAAGACCAUGGUGAUGCUGGAGUGGCUGAACUCCUACUGCUCCAGCGCCGCUUACGCCAUGAAAAUCGAUUCAGACAUGUUUCUAAAUGUUCCCAAUCUGGUCAACUUGCUCCUCAAAGCUCCAAGGACAAACUACAUGACCGGCCUGGUGGCACAUGGAGGACGAGUCUCCAGGGAUCCCAAGUCCAAGUUCUACGUGCCUGUGGAUCUUAUCAGCGAAGAUGUUUACCCUCCCUAUGCUUUGGGUCUGGGCUACAUUUUGUCUUUGGAUCUCACCAAAAAGCUCAUUGAGGCUUCCAGACACGUUAAACCUCUUUACAUUGAAGAUGCAUAUUUGGGCUUAUGUAUGAGACACCUGGGUGUCCGUCCAACAGAACCCCCAAACUGGAUCCUCUUCCGUGUUUUUCCUAUAAAAUACAGUCGCUGUGAAUACUCCAAGAUUAUCGCAACCACAACUCUGGAAAAUAUGGACCGUGUUUGGAUUUGGAGAGACUUUAAGAAACCGGGUCGGUACUGUUGAGCGGUAAAAAACAUCCUAUGCUGAUGAUUCUAUAUUCCAUGAAACUUGGAUAUUAUAAAUACUGUAAGAAUAAAGAGCUAAUCUUAGUUCAGUGCAGAAAAGAUAAAUGAAAAUUGUUCUGGGAAUUUGCCAUGUGCAGGAGAAAGUUGUGGUUUUUUACCAGUAAAACCAGUUUUCAUUUGACUUUUAGUUCUGUAGCCAUGAAUACAAGUCUAUUUUUCUUACUCUUGGUCAUAAAAUUACAUAAAUAUGAUUUCCGUAACAAAACGUGAGAAAACAUGAGACUAUGUCAACUGGCUUUGUAUAAACUUUAAAUUUUGUAUUGUAUUAUGAGUGAAGAGGUAAAAAUUAUAGCGAUCACUAAAGAAUGUGUGUGAAUAA